CUUGUGGAUUUCGCAGGUACACCGCUGUUUGUUGCGCUUUGCUGCGCGCGGCGACUGCGUGGUGCUAGACCGGGCGGGCACGGACGCUGGUGUGGGUUCACAACAUUGAGUCCGUCGAGUCCGUCAACUGAUGUAUAGACUAUGAAUAGGUUCAAGUUCGCGAGAUAAAGCGAUAACUCUGAACGAUGUUUUGUUGACGUGCGAUGCUCAAUGCGAGACUGUGCCACUAGUGAGGCAAUCCUUCGGCAAUGAGUCAGAUGUGACUGGUGAUCGUAUGCCGGGCAUAAGACCGCGCGCCGUUACAUUCUGCAUUGUUCAAGGCUCGCACUUCGCAAGAGUCCGCCACUUUGAUGAUCGAGCCGCCGAACCCAACCCAGGAUGCUGUCAAAACCGUGAAAAUCACACCGGCACGGCCAGCUGAGAUAUGGCUACAAACCCUGGAGUACGUCGACCAUCAGCACCUAUGGCUGUCUGUCCGCAAUGUCUGUCGCACGCACAAAGACUGCGUUGAGCGCCUCUUUACCUCCAAACAUCUGGCCAACUUAUCUAUCGCACUCUCUCUUCCACGACGCGACCCAGCAACGGUCGUUAAGGAUCGGUACACCCAGAAAUUCAUGGAAGAGCUGAAAGUGAACGGCACUCUGCCAAAGGAGCGGUUGGGAGAGGCGCCCGCCUACCUCAACAUGAGCACGUACUCAUUCACAGGCAUAAAGAUUCACAUACCGGUCCGGGUAGAUUGGGAUGAAGCGCGGAAGAUAUGGACCUGGGAUGUUGAAUGGCGGAAUGUACUAGGUGACUUCUAUGAUGCGAAAGAAAAGCGUAAAGCAAGGUGACGCAAACCCUGCAGUUCCGGUAGAGUGUGGUCGAAGGCAGCAUAGAUCUCAGAGAAAGAGGGCUUGAAACCAUGA